AUGGGGACUAGUGGAUUCCUGGUGGCUGUGGCCAUCUGUCUUCUGGUUGUCCAGUUCACAAAGCUUCUUUGGGCCCGCCGGCGGUUCCCCCCUGGACCUGUCCCCUUCCCUUUCAUUGGAAGCCUCUGGAGAAUCGGCUGGAGGAUUCGUCAGGAUACCCUUAUGAAGCUUGCAAAGAGCUACGGAGAUGUCUUCACCGUUUGGGUUGGACCUUAUCCUGUGGUUGUAUUGGCCGGAUUCGAAACGGUGAAAGAAGGACUGACCGACAAUUACGAGAGAUUGUCUGGACGACCCAUGAUCCCCUUCUUUAAAUUCCUGAGCAAUGAAAAGGGCGUCAUGUUCUCCAAUGGCAAAACCUGGAAGGAGCAGAAGCAUUUCAGCCAGGCUACCCUACAGACCUUAACUCAAAUGCAGAAGGAUCUGCAGCGUCAAAUAGACAAGGAGGCUGGUCAUCUGGUGGAGACCUUUGCGCGGGAAAAGGGACAGCCGUUGGAUCCUUUAUGGCCGCUCAUGCACUCAGCCUCCAAAGUGAUUUCUACUGCAGCCUUUGGCCAUCAGAUGUCCAUUGAGGAGGAGGCCUUGCGCAACCUGACCGAACAUGUCAACACUGUCACCAAGUUUAGGGGCAGCGCUGGAGAAAUGGUCUACAACAUCUUCCCUUCGCUUCUGCAACAUAUCCCUGGACCUCACAAGAAGGUCCUCUCCUCCUGUGAAUUUAUACGUUCCUUUAUCAAGAAGGAGGUCGAAAACCAUAAGAAGAAAUGGGCACCACAUGGUGAGCCACAGGACUUCACCGACUUCUAUUUGGCCCAGAUCCACAGAGAGCAAAUGGACUCCACAACUACAUUUAAUGAAGACAACCUGGUUCAAGUUAUCGCUGAUCUGUUUGUUGCCGGCACAGACACCCUGGCGGCCACCUUGUCAUGGGCUCUGCUCCUUAUGGCUAUUCAUCCCGAGAUCCAAGCGAAAGUCCAGAAGGAGCUGCAAAGUGCUCUGGAUCCCUCCAAACUGGUCGGCUACGAGGAUCGGAAGAAACUGCACUACACCAAUGCUGUGAUUCAUGAGAUCCAACGCUUCAGCAACAUCGUGCUCUUUGGCCUCCCCAGACUGUGCAUGGAGGAUUUAAAUAUAUUUGGCCAUUUCAUUCCAAAGGAUACUCUGGUAGUGCCAGACCUGUGCUCUGUUCUUCUUGACCCCAAGAAGUGGGAGACCCCUCAACAGUUCAAUCCUAACCACUUCUUGGACAAGGAUGGAAAAUAUACAGCGAGGGAAGAAUUCUUUGCAUUUGGAACAGGAUGCCGAGCGUGUCUGGGGAGGCAGCUAGCACAGACUGAGCUCUUUAUUUUCUUCACCUGCCUCAUGAAAGCAUUUACCUUCCGCUGGCCAGAGGGAAUGAAAGGACCUGAUGUGCAGCCCGUAAUGGGUGCUGUGGUCCAUCCCAGCCCUUUUAAGAUCUGCGCUGUUCCUCGCUAGGCUGCAGUGCGUCAAAGACCAACACAAGAGGACACAAGGAGUUGCUGAUUAUUUGCCACUGUACAUUUUUUAAUCCACCUCUACUUUGCCUGCUUGUCUUUGGCCCUGUCUGCUUGAGCGAAAUAAAAUAUCCAAGUGGACACGUCCAGCCCACGAGGACAAGUCCAAACGAUGCAGGGCCCAAUCCCCAUUCUGGUGCAUACUGUCUGGAUGAUGUCUGGCCAGUGUAACACGGAACCUGCCAUAUAUCCCAUGUAACACAUUUUUUAUAAAAACUCACCUUUUGU